CACCUCGACCCGUGUGACGUCGCGAUCGUCGCUAUCACUAAAAUGGCGAGGCAGUGUGUUGACACUUGACUCCAGCCUCGAGUUUUCGUCAUCUCAUUUGAAAGCAGGUGUAGGGAGGCCUGAAAUCAAAUUGGUGUGAUCGCUUGGAGAUCGCGUUCUCGCGGGAAGCGAUGCAUUCGGUCAGCGCCAGCUUGCCGAGCUCCACGGACGUGAGUCAAGUCCCGACGCCGUUGGUUAAACGGGAUCAGGACUGUCGAACGGCCGACGUGGGCACUGGCAUGCCGUGCGGCGAGACCAACGGCUUGCGUAUCCUCGACGAGUUCCGCAAGCUGUACGAGAGUCGCAUCGAGAAGAUUGAUCGGGAGUCUGGCGACGAGUCCGACCGAAUCUCCAUGAAAUUACAAGUGAUGAGCGAUUGGAUUAAGGAUUUAGGAGAGCAAAAUGUCAUGUUGGUGCAUACGGUGGAAGAUUUGGAGCAGGCUGCAUGUAGUAGAGUUAAGUUACUAGAGGAGAAACUAAAACAGUCGUCACAAAUGGUUACGGAUAAUCUAACAAGAUCCGACCAUUCGGAACAAGCUUUGAGUACUCUUUCAAAUCGUGUCAAUCAGUUGGAAAAGGACGAAGGAUAUCUACAACGAAAAAUAGAGUAUUUGCAAAGCGACAUCAGGGGAUUGUUAGAGGUGAUUCGUCGCGCGCGCCGACAGAAUAUUUGGAGUCUCGAGGGUAUCAGGUUUUACGAGAUUCAACCUGAGGAUAUUCCAGUUCCAGACUGUAUUUGCAGUCAGGAGCAGAUGGAUACUGACCAUAUAAAAUCCUUGAAUUUGCAAAUGGAACAGCUUCAGGAAAAUGAAAGAAAAAUGAUCAGAUCUCAAUUGGAAUUGGAAGGAAAAGUAGCAGAUCUUACGACAGAAUUAUCAUUAAAAGACGAUACUAUAAAAAAAUACGUUUCUAGACUUCAAUGCUUUUGUGAAAAACUCAAAGAACAUGCUAAACAAACAAAUCAUCCGCUAAUGACUUCUGAUCAAGAGUGCAAUAUUAUCUUAACACCUGACAUUCUGGAAAGUGUACUAGACGCGAAAGAUAGGGAAAACAAGAGUUUACAUCGACAACUCCAGGAUGUUGAAUCCAAGCUUAUGGUGUAUACCUACGAGAAUAAUGUUGACACAAUUAAUCUACAAUUACAGCUGGAAGAAAAAUCUAAGAAGGUACAACAACUGGAGGACAAAGUGGCUCGCCUCGAAAAAAUAUUUUAUUGGUUUCAGGAAGCUGCAGAUACAAAGGAUACAUUGACGGCGGAGAUCGUGGCUUUGGAACAACAAAAUUAUCACGCCAAUAUCGGCAAUCUCUUAAAGGACGACCUGAUUAAAGAGAUGCGUAAAGGGCUAAAGCAAACAACUUUAGAGAAAUGUCCUCUAUCUUCAAUAGAUACUUCACAUUCUAAGAAGGAUGAAUUUAUAUUAUUCCUGAAUAGUACAAAAGCACACGUGCAAAAAGAAUGUGAAAUUUUAUCGGAUUUAAAGUUUGAACUAGGAAAAUUUCUAGAUAAAUUGACUACCAAAGACAGUGAGAUGGAUGAUUGUAUCAUAUCUAAUAAUUGCACAAAUAAAAAUAAACUUUGUGCAAGUGGCAUGUCGGAUAAGCUGAUCAAUUGCAUUGAAAUUAUUACCAAAAUGUAUUUAGAAAGAGAGAAGGAGGUUACUGUUUUUGAUUGUAUGUCAAACAUAAACAGUGCGCGGGAAUUCAAGUUGAUGGAAGAAUUUAGAGUAUGCACUGUGGAAGCUCAAGCAGCAACAGAAGACAUUCGCGAGGAGAUAAGCACUGUUAUAUCGACGUUUAACUUACGACAUCAGAAUUAUGAAGAAUUAAGCAAGAUGGUUAUUAAUGUACAAAGUUACUUGGUGAGAACACGUGAAGGACUAAUAGAAGCAAUCAACAGAUUAGAAUUACAGGAAGAAGAAAGACUAAGGCACAGUGAAAGGAUCGUGAAUGGCAAUCUUAAACUGAAGGAUAUAAAAAAUGAAAUUAAUCAUAUUCAGUUAGAAUUGUCUCGUUACAUUAAUGGUAUGCAGGAGAAUAUACAGACAUGUAAUGAAUCUGAAUAUACAGAAGCGUGCAUCAACAAUGAUUUACUAACUGUGGUAAUGGAAGAAGUUGAACAAAUAUUGACUAAUUUGCAAUUAUUCCAAACUCAGGGUGGUUGCAUAACAUCAGUACUAAAAGGUUUAAGAAGUCAGUUAUACACUAUAGAUGAUUCAUUAAAGGAUUUACAGAAAAAGACCAGUGAAGUGUUAUCAAACAAUGAAAUCGCGCAAACAACGUUUUGCGAAAGGGAAAGCAGGUUGGCUAAAUUCGAAGAAGAGGUAGAUUGUGCACAUACAAAAAUGCAAGAUGUGUUGGAAACAUUUCUUUCUACAAAACAAGAAAAAAAGGAACAGUUCUCGCAUUACAUCUAUGAUAAUCAGGAACUAAACGAUAUAAUAAAAACAAAACAAGAUUUACACAAAUUAAGAAAGGAAUACGAUGAUCUAAAACUUGAUAUGAUCCAGCAAACAUGUCAAAUGAAAUAUAAUGAAAAACUAAAUAAAUGGAAAAAUAGUAUAACGGAUUUAGAGGACCAAAUUAGAAUGUUGCAACAUGAGGCAAAAUGCAAGCAAGAAGCAAUUAAUUUUUUAAAGAAUAACAUUCAAUCUAUGGAGAAGGAGCUGAUUGCUGCACGAACAAAAGCAGAAAAUUAUAGGCAAUGCCAUAGCAAAGAUAAUAUGGAACUGAAAAAGAAAAUCAUAGAACUAGAAAAUAUCAUUAAAACACAGAAAGAAAUAGAGAAUGAUCUUAGAAAAAAUUUAAAUAACGUAACAAAUAUUAAGAAAUCUACAGAUAUUUCAAAUACUUUACAUACGGAGUGCGGUACAGAAGCAACGCUUUUACGUUGCGAUUAUCCAUCCAAACACGAGAAUAUGUCUCAUUUGUUCAAAGCUGCGCAGGAUGGUAUGCAAUCUGCAAAAGUGACGGUUCAAGAUUUUGAAAGUGAAUUUAAAAAAUUGAUACAUGAAGAAUCAUCUCUCUCCUCCAUUUCGGCAAAAUCUGCUGUAACACUGACCGAGUUAUUAGGAAAAUGUAGAGAGAAAUUGGAUGCUUGUUCUCACGAAUUAAUCAAACUUAAAAGUGCUGUUUAUUCAAAAGAAAAACUUUUGGAAAAUAUGGAAGAAGUUGUACGGAUACAACGGAAUUCACUAACAAUGAGUCAAGAGGAAGUAAAAGAUCUGCAUCAAAAGCUGCAAGAUAAGAUAGAUAAACAAGGCCUUACAAUUGGACAAUAUGAGAGAGAGAAGAAUGAAUUGCUGAAACAGAAUGAACUUCAAAUACAAACUAUCGGGCACUUACAAAAUGCCGUUGUUGAAGCUAAGCGAAAUUUGGAUCAAAUGACUCAUAAAGCGAUGAACGAUCUUUGCAAGAAGGAUGAAACUAUACGUCAGCUAACGAUGCGCAUUGAUGAAACACAAGAUCAAUAUAACGAAUGUUUUACAGAGACAACUAAGCAGGAUAUACUGUUGGAUUUGCAACGAGAUGCUAUUGAAAGUCUUCAUAAAAAGAUUCAUUCUCUGGAGUAUGAUAAACGUUUAAUCGCUACUACAUUACAUGCAAUAUAUUAUUCAAUUUUAAGCGGAGUACAGGAACAAGUACGCAAUCGUGUAAAGGAUUUCCAGGAAUUGAAAUGGGAGAUGGAUAGUUUUAUACAGAUGAAGAAUUACUCCAAAAACAAAUGUGCAAACAGAUCGUGCACAAUAUAUCUUAAAGACAAAAACUGCGAUACUCGAGAUUUGGAGUAUGACUCAAACAGCAUUACGUAUGGAAUAUCACACGUGGAAGAACGUUCGAAUAAAGAAGCGGAGAUGAAGACUAUCGCUCAGAUACAACAAUUAAAAGCAGAGUUGCAGAAGAUGAAAGAUAUCGAGUACGAUUUAAGAUGCGAAAAUGAGCACCUUAAAACCAAUAUACAGCAUCACAUAUCAGAGACUGACAAUGUAAUGAAAAAACUAGAGAGUAUUAAACAGAAGGAAGUUGAAUAUGAGGAACUUUUAUUGAACCUAGAAGAUGGAAGAAAAGAGAUUAAUAUCUUAAACGAUCGAAUCACAAGUAGCGAAGAAAUUAUUGGACAUAAAUCUGACGAAAUUGAAGUACUUCGAAAAAGAUUACUCGCGAAAGAUAAACAAACAGAAAAUUUAUCCGAAUUGAAUGUAUCGGAGCAUGAAAUGCUAAACGUUUUGUGUGAUCGAAUGUAUUCUUUGAAAAUUUUACUACAAGAGAAAUCGGAUAAUAUGGUUAAAUUGCAAGCAGAUUAUGAGUUGCUUAAGAAUGAAAAUUCUAUAUUAAAGAAUCAGAACGACAUUAUUGAAGUUCGAACUAAAGAAGAUAUCUUACAAUUGAAAGAAAAGCUCAAAGAGGCACGCAUAAAAUUGCGCCGGGUAGAAGACAAUUAUAAUCAAAUGAUAGAAGAUUUCAAUAAGGUUCAGAAACAACUAAUGUCUGUAACAAAACGAGAAGUUGAUUUGCAAGAAUCGUUAACGAUUAUGGAAAAAGAUUAUCAUUCUAAGACUGUAGAAGUAGAAAAUGAAGCAGUCCGUCUUCGCAAUUUAGUGGACAAACUAGGCAAAGAAUUGGAAGAGACCAGAACAACACUUGCAGCGAAAGAUAGGGAACUUUGUCAAGCGCAAGAUAAAUGCAAGAGUUACACUGAUCAUUUGGAUAGCAUACGUCAAGAUCUUGAGAGAGAAAAAAAGGAAUUAACGAAGGCCGAAAAUGUAAACUGUAACUUGAUUCAACAGUUGCAGGGAUACAUGACAGAGAAUUAUCAUCUCGAUCGACAGAAAGUUUCACUUGAACGAAAUAAUUCUACGUACAUAAUUGAAUUACAAGAUAUGCGCAAAUCCUUGCUCGAGUUGGAAAAAGAAUGUCAUUUGAAGGACUGCUCUCUAACAUACAUGUCAGCUGAUUUAACUGAAACAGCUAUAAGUAGAUCAGAACUCUGCAAGAAAUCUCAGUAUAUAGUUUCGUGCAUCCGUGAUUGCAUGGAACAACAGAAAAAGUAUAAUGAAACUCUAGUAAAAAAUUUGGAAAAUAAGCAACAACUUCUGGUACAACUUGCAUUCGAGAAAAAAGCUCUAUUAAUUAAAAUCAGGAAAAUGAAGAGAAUUAAUCUAUUGGCACAGAAACAGAAAAAAACGCAUAAGUUAAUUGGUAAAAGUUUCAGAAAAACGCACAUAAAUGAUUAUAUAUCACCAUUGAAUUGUACAGAUUUACGCAAGAGAUAUUCAGUGAAGCCGAUCAAAAUUGGUCGGCGUACAUCAACAUGCGGCAAUUCAUGGUGGUUUCCUAAGAUGGAACACUUAAUAAAUGAGGUUCGAAAGAACAAUCAGUGGUGGAAUGAAAAUUUUAAGAAUGAAACGGAAUCAGACAUUUCAUUGGAAGAAAACCGUGAUUACGGUUAUCAAUCAUCUUCUACAAGCAAAUAAAAGAGAACAGGGGAUUUAUUUUGAUAAAGACUGAAGAAAUGGUAUCAGAUGGAAGAAAUGGAAAUUUAACGCGUUUGAAUACGUAGAAAUUUGUAACGCGAUUUAUGUUGAUUUGUACUGCGUCUUCUUUUAUAAUUGUAAACGUAAUUUUCUAUAUACGAGUGUAUGUGUGUG